GAACAAUGCCGAUUCUGUUUUGACGUGAUUUUGGCGGAGUUAUUCCGCACCCCCGUUCCUGCGCCGAAGUUCAAGACUGGCUCGUAUCCCUUGUUUGUGACAUGGAACAAAGCGGAUUCAAGAGGCGGCAGUUCGCUUCGUGGAUGUAUAGGGAAUCUUUCGGCCAUGGAUCUGCACGAGGGUGUGAGGAAGUAUGCGUCUGUGAGCGCUUUCAGCGAUCGUAGGUUUGCUCCAAUCUCUGCACAGGAGGUUCGACUGCUCGAGUGCAGUGUCACGCUACUUCACAACUACGAAGACGGACGCGACUAUCUGGACUGGCAGAUUGGAAAGCAUGGAAUCAUCAUCGAAUUCGAGGAUGAUCGCGGCGAGAGAUACUCUGCUACCUACCUCCCUUCCGUGUGCUCGGAGCAAGGGUGGUCCCAAGAAGAAUGCAUCUCCAGCCUCAUCAGCAAGGCAGGAUACAGAGGAAGUGUGACACAAAAGUUCAAGUCCAGGAUUCGAUUAACAAGAUAUCAGGUAGAGCAACUAUUGCUGCAGUUGAAUCAUUCACACGAUUUCGGUAGGGCUCCAAGGCAACAAUAG